CCUCCUUCACUUCCAUUUUUAUUUUCUAUUUGGACACUUUAAUUUAUCGCUUGCAUUUUUAGGUCUCAAAAGAUUGUUCAAGCUAGAAGGGAAGAUGAAGACCAAGGCGAACUCGUCAACUAAAGAACUUGUAAUUGUCAUCCUUUUACUGAUCACUCUCAUCGCUGACGUGUGUGCAGAUCCAGUAUCCGCAGUAGCUGCAGGUCACGGCGGCGGUGGCGGUGGUCACAGUGGCGGCGGUGGCGGUGGUCACAGUGGCGGCGGGGGCGUGCACGGUGGGGAACCUGAGGGAGGCGGCAGUGGUCCUCGAGUGAUCCCAGCCGUGAAUGGUAAUAAUAAUAAUCAGCACAGAAAAGGGAAUGGCGCCGGCCAACUCAUCAAACCGCCCUUCAUCCUACCCGGCCGCCAUGGCUUUGCUUGGGAUACUUUCAUGUUUGGACUUCAUCUUGACGCCGUCAUCAUCCUCAACCUACUCGUCUUUUUUCUCAUCUAAGUUUGAAUUCCUUCAUAAUUGAUCUUCAUGCAUUUCUUUUCUUUACACUCUGUAUACAUAUUGACUUUUAUUAGUUAUAUAUGAUCUCCAUGCAUUUCUUUUCUUUACACGUACUCCCUCCAUUAUGUAAGAAUUUGGUAGCUAUGCCCUAGC